AUGGCCGCCAACGAGGACGACGAACUGUUCCAAAUCCAGCCCACGCUCUCACGACUGGAAAUAUACCGCUGCCUGCGCCGGCUCCUGGAGAUCAGACACCGGCGCGGCAUGCUGACGCUGCUGUACGACUACUUGCCCGAAAUCACAUUCUGCCUGCGUGGCGUGCCCGUCGACCACCUCCUGGACUGUGGCAAUAAAAUGGCGCCGGUAUACUUCCUCGAAAGCAUCAUGAAUAACACCCUUAUAGCGAGCAGUCGGGUCGGCGACUACCCCAGGUUCCCUGGAUACGCCUUCCAGUACAUCUACAGGCGGUGGUUUGUGCCGUAUAAACGCAACAUCGAGUAUAAUCAGUUUCUCGUCAAGUUCUUCGAGGUGCAAGGGAUUCCGAACUGGUUGCAGGCCAAGCCUCGACGGUUCCUGGGCCACAUAGUCAACCUGAGUGCAUCUCUCUGCGCAAAAGUCAAGGAGACGCAGUUGGAAAUCAUGAGUGGCAAGCCUGAGGAUGUGCAGCACAUGCUGGAAUACACGGCCCGCUACGGGCUUCGGCCCCCUUGGGCGCGGCGCUCGUGGCUCGAGCAAGUCACCAGGGCAAGGGCGGAGCAGGAAUUCUUGCAGGUUCAGCCCCUAUUCCGAGCCAUCGCCAUCAUCGUCGGCGGCAGGGAUGAGAGCUGCGAGGACAUGGACGGCCAAGACUUCCCGACCCGCAUGGACAGCGUUGGGCAGACACCGGUCCUCUUCGUCUGCACCGGGGUCGAGGACGGGCUGAGCGCGCCCAUCUGUUUCGACAGCGUCGCGCACCAAAUCCACUCCCUCAUCAGCGGUCCGCCGGGGACCAACAUCAGAACGGCCUUGAUGUCGCUCGAGGCUGCCAUCACCUUGACGCUCGACUUGGAGAAGCGUGAGGUGGCCGCGUUUGGGCCUCGGCCAGAUCCGGCGCGCUCCCCCUGGCUCCCGAGCCGGCCAAUCGAUCGCCUGAUGAACGAGGCUCGAUGGCUUGGGGCAGCGGAUGUCGACUUGGCGGGCCCGAGCUCGAGCUGGGUCGACACCGAGGUGUACUCGGAGCAACUGGGCGAUGCUGCCGAGCGAGACAAGGUGGUAGCCUACUCUCCGGACGAAGUACACGCAAACAGGUAUAGGCUCGCAUGUUGGUACGGGGGUAACUUGGUGUCAUAG